GCGGCGCGGGCGCGGGCGGGCGCGGGCGGCCGGGCGGCGGCCGGGCGAGGCGGCCGGGCGUGGAAUCACAGAUCGGCGGCACGCAUCAUCGUUUCGACGGCGCGCGCCACAGCCUACAGCAAUUGCGGCGGAGGGAGGAACGGGGGAGGCUGGGAGAGAAGAGGGGCUGGGAGGGGGUGGCCUGGCCGGCGGCGCGACGCCAGGCGACGGCCGGCGGCGCGAGGCCAGGCGCCUGCGCGAACACGCGACGUGGUUGCGUUUUGUGGGUUGGUUUUCUAAUUCAACCACAGGGCGGGGCGCUCGGCCGACCGCGACCGCGGCACCGAGCCCGCGCGCGGCCGCGGGCUGCCGCGCGGGGUCACGCCCGCACCGCCGCCGGUGCCUGCGGGGGCCGCGCGAUCCUCUUCGCGAGGGGCGACGGCUCCCGGGCCGACCCGGGCGGGGCCGCGGCCGCGGCGGGCCCGGCGGUCUGCCCGGGCGCGCCGAGGCCAGGGAUGUCGGGCAGCGGCUGGCGCUGCCCGUACUGCGCGGCGGAGUCGUACUGCCCGGGCGGGCCGAAGCCCUGGCCGCCCGGCAAGGGGAAGCCCGUGUGCGGGUCCUUCGCGGAGAGGGCGAGCUGCAUGGGCUGCUGCGCGCGUUUGUCCACCACCUCCUUCCAGAGCUCCCGCUCGUGGCGCACGCGGUCCAGCUGGCUCUCAUGUGCUGCUGGGAGAUCUGGAGCAGCCGCAGCACCGAGUGGUCCGCCUUCUUGCUCACGAGGUCCAUGAUGCUCCUACCUGUACUUCUGCGAGGACAGCUGCCUCCAGGUCUUCUCGACGCGCGUGGAGAGGUGCUGG